UGUGCUACCCAAAACUAUCGUAUAUAUUUGAAAUUGUGAGAAUUGAUCUGUAAUACAGGGGAUUCUGUUCCCAAUUGAACAGACGUUCUGAUCGGCUGGCUCUCAAUCAUGGCUUCCUCUUCUUCUUCUUCUUCUUCUUCUUCUUCUUCUUGUCCGCAGCCGCAGGAAGAAGCUGAUUACGGCUCUGAAUCUGGUUGGGUCGAUGCUCGAACUUGUUGCGAUCACCUCGCCUCCUUAUCACUCGAUCUUACCCAUAUUCCAAUCCCCAACACUCCCUGCAACAGGUGCCAACAUCCGACUGAAAACUGGUUGUGUUUGUCAUGCAAGGACGUGCUCUGUAGCCGCUUUGUCAACAAGCAUAUGCUCCACCAUUUUCAGGACACAAAUCAUUCUGUGGCCCUCAGUUUCAGUGAUCUCUCAGUCUGGUGUUUCUCUUGUGACGCUUACUUGGAUGCUCAACUUAUUGCACAACUGCGUCCUGUUUAUCAACUUGCCUACCUGUUGAAAUUUGGCGAGCCCCCGCCAUUGCGACCAACUCAACUUCCUUCUAUUCAAACUUCAUCUGGAAUUUGAGCUUUACAGUAGUCCAUGGCAAAUUUGCUUAUCAUUUAGUUUUGGAGAGCAUCUACAAACUAUAUUCUGCGACUUUGGAUCUUUUUAAUUCCUGCAUUUGGAUGAGCCAUUUUAAGGGAAAUAUACCUUCUUAUUUGCAUCAGUAUCUUCUACAAUGCUUUGUUUAGGGCAUUUAAUAGAACAUGGGAGAGACUUUGGUAUCUUUUAAUCUCGAGUAUAUUUUAUACACUGUAGUCUUGUUUGUGGAGUUUGUGACUUCUACCUAUAAUAAGGAAGUUAAAAUUACAUAUGGGUGAUUUUGGGUUCCUUCCCCACCCCCUUUCUGCUUGCUCUUUUGCUGCCUUACCUUGGUGAUCUUAGAACACCACAAUUCAGUUGCAAAUCGGAUUCUGUGUUAUGAAUUACUGAGAUAAUGCAGUUGUUAUGAUUCA